GCGUUGGUUAAUAUGUAAACUGUGCAGCAGUUGGGAUGAAGAUGCCCAUAGGAACAUUGGCCACUGAUAAGCAAGCUGGGCGGCUGCUGAGUCACUCAACAUACAAGGGGACAAUUUCAGUGACUUGCAGACACCACUGAUGGCUCUUGAAUAGUUGUGACGAAGUAGAUGUCCGCGCUCUGUUGUGUAUUUUCACCGAUAACUCAGCUGGACAUAGAACAGAGAAGGUCUUUGGUCUGUAGUUCUGCACAUCAAAAAUUUCUUUGCUGAAAAUGGAUGCUGCUGCUGGGAAAAGGCUCCUCCAUGUGGACAUCCAAAUCGACGAGCUUGAACCAUGGAGAGGAAUCCUAGAGCUUCUCAGCAGACUCCGUCCUCAAUGGAAGGCACAGGACAUUCAGAUGAAGACGUUCACCGGGGGCAUCACCAACCAGCUGAUCGGCUGCCACGUGGGCUCUUUUAAGGAGCCUGGUUGUGUUCUGGUGCGACUGUACGGCAGAAUGACGGAGCUCUAUGUGAACCGAAACAAGGAGGUGGAGAUGUUUCAGGUCUUCUACGCCCACGGAUGUGGUCCGCAGAUCUACUGCAGCUUCCAGAACGGCAUCUGCUACGAGUUUGUCAGAGGAAAGGUCCUGGAUGAUGAGCUGCUCCUACAACCCUCCAUUUACAGAUUGAUAGCAGGAGAGCUGGGGAGAAUCCACUCUAUCCAGCCAAAAUGUGGUGUGUCUGUUGAACCUCUGCUCUGGACAAAAGUGUCCCACCUUCUCACACUGGUGCAGAGCAGUAUCAACAGCAGCCCAGCGGAGCAGCGCUGCACAAAAAGUUCUUUGGCUCGAGGAGAGAUGCCCAGCUUUGAGACUCUGUCACUGGAGAUGGAGUCGCUGAAGAGACACCUCUCGCAGAUCGACUCGCCGACUGUCCUCUGCCACAACGACCUUCUGACCAAAAACAUAAUAUACAACAAGAAAGAGGGAAUGGUGAAAUUCAUCGACUACGAGUACGCAGAUUACAACUACCAGGCCUACGAUAUUGGCAAUCACUUCAACGAAUUUGCCGGUGUGAAUGACGUUAACUACAGCCUGUAUCCGAGCCGGGAGCUGCAGAGGGACUGGCUGAUGGCCUAUCUGGAGAGUUACAAGCAGAGCACAGGGCGUGAGGUCACUGUUACCAAGGCAGAAGUCACACAGCUUUACAUCCACGUCUGCAAAUUCUCUUUGGCAUCCAACUUCUUCUGGGGUCUCUGGGCCAUCCUGCAGUCACACUUCUCCUCUAUUGACUUUGACUUCCAAAGAUAUGCCGCGGCACGACUCACCUUCUACUUUGAGAAGAAAGAGGAAUAUUUUGGACUGACAGCGAGCUAGGAACGGAAACCAGAGGCACCAGUACAUUUCAGCAUUACCUUUUCUGUUAAUCCAAGGGUAGAUUUUUAUUGAUGUGAACCACGUCCAUCUUUGAUGAAUUGAACAAUAUCCACUGCAGAGUGAAAGGCGCAGACUGAGCUUAUGAAAGUGCUCCCCAUUGUUUGUUGUUUCUUGCUGCAACGUGACUUAAUAUGUUUUGCUAUCAUUGUGAUUUUUAAAAUAUUUGUUUACCAAAGUCGGUAUACCAAUAAGGAUAUUUGGCAAAUUGAGAUAAUGCUCACGCCAGACACACAUUAAUUGCUCCCACAUUUAGCCGGAUCGCACAAAGCCACACAUACUGAUCCUGAUCAUAAAACAUAUGACAGGGUUAUUUUCUGCCUUGUUCGCUGCCUGUAACAAUUCUGAUGGAAAACAAGUUUUCAUUUAAUUGAAUUUCUAUUUUAGUGCUGUCUCUGUCCUAACAAUUUGUCAUGUUAUAAGAACUUGUACUUAUUAUUUAAGUUGAGUUAAUUGAGAAACCAUUUAUAGAGGAUUUACAGUGCAGGAAGCCUUUUAUAUUGCAAAUACUUAGAUUUGGGGUUUGGGUUAUUGAAGGAAUAGUAUAGGAAUCUUUUACUAUUAGUGACGGCACCAGUAACUUUAAUUUAGGUCUUUUAAAAGAGCGGGCAUGUAUAUUCCUGGCCCCUAAACUGAAAAAACAUUCAGCUCAGUGUGUAACUGAAAGGCAUUUACUAAUGAUUGAGUCAUGCAUCUAUAAUGUAUGGAAAGGUUCAGCAUGUUUAGAUUGAUGGCAGAGGAGGCUGGACUGUGUGUGUGUUCCUGAAUCCCCUCGAUUGUCUGGUUUUCACCUAAGAGAAACACUCAUGUCAAAGCUCUGUUGCACUCAUUCAUCUAUUUACAUUUCUGUUAUCUGUGAAGUGUGCUAACAUAGCAAGACAAAUUAAAGAAAAUGUCAGUUGCUCCAGGCAGUAUAUGGCUGACAGUAAAAUGUGUGAACUGAAAUCUGGAACAAUAUGUGUAGCCUACACGAGACAUCAACUGCAAGGCCAAGUGUGUAUGUGUUGAUAUUUUACUCAAGUAUGAAACUAAGUGUGAUAAAUAAACUGACGACUUAAA